CCAAAAAUUGAGUUAGGCGGAAAAAAAAAUCGGAAAAUAUGCGCAUUUCGCAAAUCAAAGAAAAAAAUGACACAAUUUGACCUUCAACCCGGUACCGUAUAACGGUCGACCCGGCAGGUGUGUGCGGCCCGUUUUUCUCACCGAGUCAGGGUCAAAGUGGUCGACCCGCGGGUUGACAACCUUGGUAUUUACUUUCAACACCCAUGUGUCAUGUGUGUGUCUUCAAUUUUGAUGUGCAACCACUCUUCUCAAGUUCUCAGUCCAAUCAGAGAGAGAGAGAGUACAACCAAUUGAGCCUGAUCUUAAGUACUCUUUUUAUAAGGGUGAUACCACUAUAUGAAUUCAUUGAUGUGUUCAUAAUUGAGCAUAUGAUAUGAUUUUCUCAUACUUUUAUAUUAAUACAUCAUGGAUUCAUUAUCAUAUCACAGCCGUAGUACAAUUUUAACAUCAACCAAUUAAUAGGUCGAUUUAAGUAGUGUUAUAAUCACAUAAUUGCAUUGAUUAUUCUCUUUUCUAUAAGGAAUACAAAUACAUCCAACAACUCAAACAAAUACAAUUUCCAAAUAAACAAACCAAAGCCAAUUUUAAAGAUAAAAUAAUUGGACAGAAGAACAAAAAAAAAAAAAUCAAUGAAAACCAUCAUUUAAUAAAAUUCUAUAGGUAGCGGCUGCACUGUUUUAAUUAAGACCAAGAGCAAAGCCCUGUCUCAGUCUGCCCUCUCCAGUUUUCUUACUGUUGUUUGCAUCUACGUUACCUUUUACCUUCUUUCCCCCUUUAUUCAAUUAUUCUAAGGAAAAUAAUCCCAAUAAAACAAUCUCAGUCCCAAUCAUUUACUUGCUCAUACGUCAAUGGAGGAAUAACAAAACACAACUUACAAAUCUCCUUUCUUUUUCCCCCUUUCGCUUAUUUUAUUUUAUCUCUUCCCCCUGCCGUACAUCUGCCCCAAAACCUUCUCUUCCCCUCUCGAUCCAUUGAGACACCGAGAAACCGCAGAUGUCUCAGACUCUCAACUCUCCCCCUUCCCUUCUUAUCUCUGCUUCUGCUCAAAGGUGUGCCCUUUACUCUCUCUUCUGCUCGGUGUUGCGCCGUUUCUCUUAGACGGGUCCUCUCAAUAGUCUCUGAUCCCUUGUGGGUUUGUGUGAUUUUGGCGGGUUGUGUUCUUCUGGAUCAGAAAGUUUGUGUCUUUCCCCCGGUGGAUGAUCGUAGGCUAUUUCGUUAGGUUUAAAUUGAAUUGGAUGAAUUGUUAGUCUCGAACGCUGUGAUUUUGGUUUUUAGCUGAGAUUCGAUCCAUCGCGUACUGAGAUUUCCAGUUGAUCGUUUGUUUGGCUCAAUUAUGGAUGAAUGAUGUCUGUGGAACUCAAAUUUUGUGACAGGUAUGGAUUGUGCUGAUAUUUGGGGACGAACAUGGAGCAGUUCCUAGACGGAUUGAAGCAUUUGUGUGCGGCAAUUGCGAAUUGUUGUGAUGCUGAUUUGUAUAAGCAACUCAGAGGGCUGCAAGAUCCAGAGGCUCUUGCAAGAGAAACAGUUUUUAGUGUUAGCGAAAUAGAAGCACUUUACGAACUUUUUAAGAAGAUCAGUAGCGCGGUGAUAGACGAUGGUUUGAUCAACAAGGAAGAAUUUCAAUUGGCCUUAUUUAAAACGAAUAAGAAAGAGAGCUUAUUUGCGGACCGGGUAUUUGAUUUGUUUGACUCGAAACAUAAUGGUGUGCUUGGUUUUGAAGAGUUUGCACAUGCCUUGUCAGUCUUUCACCCCAAUGCACCUAUUGAUGAUAAGAUCGAAUUUUCAUUCCAAUUAUACGAUCUCAAACAGCAAGGCUUCAUUGAGAGGCAGGAGGUGAAGCAAAUGGUAGUGGCCACACUUGCUGAAUCCGGUAUGAAUUUGUCGGAUGAUGUGAUUGAAAGCAUCAUUGACAAGACGUUUGAGGAGGCCGAUACCAAGCACGAUGGUAAGAUUGACAAGGAAGAAUGGAGAAGUCUUGUCUUGCGACAUCCUUCACUUUUGAAGAACAUGACUCUUCAAUAUCUCAAGGACAUCACAACAACGUUUCCAAGUUUUGUGUUUCACUCACAAGUCGAUGAUACAUGAUCUUCAAGUUGCAUUUUGAUGGAGAAGAGAAAAGUAGGAACCGCGAGAUUUUUCGUUCUGGUUUCUUCUUUGGCGCAGAGGUUCGCUGAUAGAGAGAAGCAAAAUUUCAUUCGUAUUUUAAUGACCGGGGUCUUGGAUUGAAUGGGAAGGCAUUUUAUGCUCUGAUGAACAAAUGAGAUGCAGUUCUUUCUUUCUUUGUUUUUGGGUUCAUUAUGUAAUGCUUUGUAAGGACAAAGGCAUAGAAAUUUAGAAAGCUUUGUAGUUGCGUGGGAUUUUUUUGUUACUAUGUGGAAUAGAUUGGAACAACAUCACCAGAUUUUUUGGAGUGAAAACUGUUAUCAUGCUCAUUCAAGCAGAAGGGCUUCUAUAAUUUAAGACCAGAUGGUGAAUUAUGUGAUUGACCAGGACGAUGAAAAUCCGGCCGAAAAUGUAUUUGAUUUGAUUUAUAUGAGUGCAACUCAGUCUAUUUAUCUGUGUAGCCAGUCAAAUCUGACUCGAAUGUUGAUUCGAGAUAGCUGAAUUUCUGCUCAUCCUAAUCCUGCUUGAACUUUGUAACACAGCAAAUGAGAGGGAGGGAGAAGAUGUAUCAAAAUGGAACAUGAUCUGAAACUUCUCUUUUAUUGAUUGUGUUUACACAAUAUAAAAGGCCUGGACUGCACUUCUGUCAAAUGAAACUACGAUAUUGCA